CGUGUGUGCCCCAGAAUGUUGACGCUCACAUGGACUGUGAUGCUGGACAUAUGUCGGUCUCCUGGGAGUUCAGUGAAGGUGCAAUAUCAUACGUGGCUACUGCAGAAGGGAGCAACGUGCAGCAAUGCAGUGCCAAUGAUACACUGUGUGAUAUCACCGACCUGUACUGUGGAGAGACCUACACCCUCUCAGUUUAUGCGAUUGAUGACACCUGUGACAGUGCUGAAAGUCCUUCCAUCACAAGGAGAACAGCCUCGUGCAUCCCACAGAAUGUCCAUGUCCAGUUGGACUGUGACACAAACGAUGCCUCAGUGCUGUGGAGCCACACUAAAGGUGCAGUGUCUUACUCUACCACAGCAGAAGGAAGUGAUGGGCACACAGUUUCCUGUGUGACGGAUAAUAGGGAAUGUCCGAUAACUAAUCUACAAUGUGGACAGGGGUACAAUGUAACUGUGACAGCACGGGACGGUGUGUGUGACAACUCACAAAGCCCUCAGUUUGUAUUCCACACUGCACCUUGUGCACCAGAGGACAUCUCCACCAGUCUGAACUGUGACACCAAGAGUACAUCAGUGGCCUGGGAGGAGAGUGAUGGGGCGAUGUGGUACAUUACAACAGCAGAAGGACAAGAUGGACACAUUUCACUGUGUAACACAACGGGAACAAGCUGUCAUUUCAUGGACCUGCACUGUAGUCAAACGUACUCACUAACUGUAACAGCGAUGGACAGUUACUGCCAGAGUGUAAACACCUCCGUUUAUGAAACUGAAACAGCCCCUUGUCCCCCUCAGAACGUACAUGCUGAUAGUGUUGCCGUCACUGCCUUUGUAACAUGGGAGAUGAGUAAUCUCACGGUGUGGUACACUGCAACAGCAGAGGGCAGCGAUGGACACACGGCCACUUGUACCACGUCCGACACAAACUGUCUAAUCCCAGAUCUUCACUGCAGCCAAACGUACAGCAUCUCCGUCCUCGCAUUUGGUGAAACCUGCAGCAGUCUCCAAGGCUCCAGUUAUGAAAUUUAUACAGGUAACACAGAAAGAGAGCGUAUCUUCAGUAAUAUCAUUCUUCUUUGAAGGAUAGCUUGAGAUACUGCACAAAUGAGCGAUUGUGUCUGAAGUGUGGUUACUAUAGCAGUUAUAGUAAACUGUGCAGCUCAGUUCAAUACUCUGAGGUCUCAUAAGCAGCUAUUGAAUUGUCUUUUGUCGCUGUGAGAUAGAAGCACUCCCACUAAUCCACUGUGCAGCCCCUGCAUAUAUCUGCAUUAAACUCUGUUAGCCAUUCCUCAGCCCACUUGUCCAGCUGAUCACGAGC